AUAUACUUGUAGGAUAUCGUAGAAUCAAGUGCAAUGUGUAAGAAAUCAUAGUUUUUAAAAGUAUUUUAAUCAAAGAAAACAUUUACUUUAAAGUACUUUUUGAUUUGCCAUGGUGAUUUAUUACUCGGUUGAUAUCUGAUGUAAUUUAAAGAUAAGUUGAAGAAAAGUCUUGAUUACAGUGUCUACUGUUUUAUAUUUUUUUAAAAAUACGGCAAUCUUCUGAAGAAUUUAUAGAAUACACUCUUCAAAAAAGAUUUUUUCUUUAAUAAACAAUCUUAAAAUAAUAUCUAUCGUUAAACGGAAUUACUUAUAACGAUGUAUGGCUUAUCCGAAAAAAUUUUCAUUGUGCAGUGUAAGUGAAGUGAUAUAUAAUGCAAAUUACAAAAAUGAAAUGAAUUUUAUGUUUUCCGAAGAAUGGACGAUAUUACCUUAGACAGCAAUGCCGCGAGAUAUUCUGAGCGAUAGCCUGGCUGUGCUUAGAAUUGUUGAGCAUGAGGAUGAAGAGAAUUGGCAACUUGAAGAUAAGGCAUCCUGUAAACAAACAAAAACAGUGAAAAGUGCCUGUGAUAAAAUUGCCAGUGAUCAAUCUUACAUUAAAGAUGAGUGUUGUUAUUACAAUUACAUUGUUGGUGAAGGUGCAACAAAUCGUCAGUGUGAUCCCGUUUACCAAUUUAAAACAAAUAGCUUACCUGCAGCUUCGUCAAUGAGUCAAUCAUGGGACACCAUGGUAUGUUCAGUAUUGAGAAUUGCUCCAGAGGAUAUCGCUAAUCAGUUGUCGUUAUUGGACCUGUUAUGUUUUAAAUCAAUCAAGCCUGAAGAACUUACAACUUGUGGAUGGACAAAAUUAAACAAAUUAAUGGUAGCUCCUAAUGUAGUGGCCUUUACAAAAAGAUUUAAUAGGGUGAGUUUUUGGACUGUACAGGAAAUACUAAAUGGUCAAUCACCUAAGGUGCGAGCUGAAACAUUGGCCCACUUUAUAAAGGUGGCAAAGAAAUUAUAUGAUCUUAACAAUCUUCACUCUCUUUUUGCUGUCAUCUCUGCUCUGACUAGUGCUAGUAUAUAUAGAUUGACAAAGACUUGGGCAUGUCUAUCCAAGAAAGAUAAGCAACAGUUUGACAAGUUGGCAGAGUUAUUUGGUGACAAGGACAAUUGGAUGACUUUGAGGGAAUAUAUGCGUUCUAUAUCUCUCCCGUGUAUUCCAUACUUAGGUAUUUUCCUCACGGACCUUGUAUACAUUGACAUAGCUCAUCCAUCUGGUUCGCCGCAUCGUGUCGCCAAAAUGGCGGUGGUGUUGAAAGCCUUGGAAAGAUACCAAACAUCUGAGUACACUAUAACACCAGUCCCACAUGUCGCUAAUUAUCUAAACAGCGUCCGAUACAUUGAAGAGCUUCAGAAGUUUCUAGAGGACGAUCAGUACAAGUUGUCUUUAAAGUUGGAGCCUCCGUCCCCUAUCGGCAGCUGCGCUGGUUCAAAGGAAUCGGUCAAGGAGGUCCAAGGGCCCUCGACACCAUUCACCCUAUCCCCUUCGCACAGACUUGGCUCAGGGUCUUUAAGACUCCAGGGGUCAUAUACUCAAGCUAAAUUCAUACCGACCCAUAGAAAAUGCCGGUCGCUGGGAUCCAAUAUCUUUGGUAAAAGUCACAGCGAAGAUAAAGAUGAGAGAACGCCGGCGGGUUCUGUUAAUUUGUUAGAUGACACGCUGUUGGAGUCACCGAGUUGGCCCACGGCUGGUGCUAAGACUUCAAAACCAUUGCCUUUCAGUGAUGGCUCGUCUGUUAUGGACUCAGUGGAGUGCGAGUUUCAAAGUUACGUCCGCAGAAAAACUAUCAUAAAAGACGGGAGAAAGAUAUCUCUGUCGUCAUGGCAACGGUACUGGUUACAGAUAUCCGGGAACGUUCUUAUUUUCUACAGCUCAAAGACAUUCAAAGGAACUAGUCGUAACGACUUCAGCAAGGAGCGCUGUAAGGUGGUAGAACUACAUGACGGAUGGCGUGCAGCUCUAAUGGAUUGUGAGGCUCAGGAUGCUUUCCAGCUAGUCGAUCAUCGAACUGGCACCAUAUAUAAAUUCAAAACUGGAAACGAUUCAACAGCGAAGCAAUGGGCGGCAAGGAUCAAUGACGUCACCAACAAAUUGGUGACGCCGUUGCCAGCGAAUCUUAUGUCAUUCGAAUAAAAUACGAUCUACACUAUGUACGUAAUUUGCGAUCUGAUUUUUUGUGUAGUCUUUUUUUUUUCUAUUUACCUGACAAUUUUUAUUAAUACAAUUAGUAUGUAAGUUUUAAACUUUAUUUUUUGUUUUGUUAAAAUAUUUUAGUCUUACAUUAAUUGUACCUUGUACUUUGUCAUUCGCAAUUUUUUCUAGUUAUAGCUUGAGAUCAAUUUGUAAACAUAUCUUUUGGAUUUAAAUUUAUUACACCUUCUAAAUAAUCAUUCUCGUAUAUAUUUUCAGUUUUUAUAAUAAUCACAAAGCGUCUAGUUACUUCAAACCGACACUGACUACCUUCUAACAUCUAAUUUAGACUGACUACCUUCUAACAUUGCCAACACUCGAACCUUAAUAUUUAUUCAAAUGAAGUCAUUAAAUUAUAACAGUUUUUAACACUUGUAUUAAGGCUUAGAACAAAUUCUUUACACGAUAUAUUUACUCGUAAGUUACAAUUUCGAAUCCACCGAAAAAUUUAUGUAAUAUUUUAUUGUUAAAAAAUAAUAAUAAUAAAAAAGAAACCAAUAGAUUAUAAGAUAAUGAAGAAAUGAGAGAACAGUGCACUGUAAUAUCGAAUAGAGAUAUUCAAAACGUAAGCCAGACAUUAAUUCAAUAUCGACCAAACAUUGAAUUCAAAUGUGCUCGUAUUGUAUGAAACUCUCCGGGGCUUCUCUGAAGUAACAAUGGACAUGAAUGCAUCGUAACCCAAGCUAGUAUAGAAUAACUCAUUCGAACGUACAAUGCGUCCCUCGUCGCGCAAUGUAGCAUGCUAAUUACUGUUUUCUUCUAUUUAAUACUCGUGCGUCAGGUUGUUACUAUAAAGUUCAUAAUAGUACAUCACCUGUAAAGAGUUGUUUUAUAAAAUUACAUUAACAUGAAUUCACAUUGCAUCAGAAUAAACCGGGUUGGUGUUCUCAUCUGAUAGUGUUCCAGGUCGGGUGCGUCGCGUUCAGGUCGUGAAACUGGCGGAAGAACGAAACGAGUAAUCGUUCACGCUUCGUUUAUAUCAAUACAUACUACGGUUGCUUUAUUUGAUAACCGAAUUAAAUAUAAAUCAAAACGUACGUUUCAUUUUCAAUAACUAUCGUUUAAGUAUUUCAAGUUUUAAAAUUUUCAAUUAGUGAUACCGAACGCUCGAUUCAACCUGGAAACAACUGUUGCUUCGUUACUUAUAUUUAAUACACGCUUCUAAUAAAAUGUUUCUUUAUUGUUUUUAUUUUGAUAGUUCUUUAUUUUUUUUUUUUAUGUUUAAAUCUAUUCAGGUGUUCUAGAAUAUAAAUAAAUUUGAACAGUUUUUUUUAAGGUUCCGUAACUGUUAUUUAAUAUCUGUAACUCGGUCUUUUUACGUUCAUUAUACACGGCGUCGUCUCUCCACUGGACCACGGUUUCAAGUUUGAAAUCAAUAAGUCGAGUGGUGCUCGAUACACUAAGGAUGUUAUCUUUACUCCCUACGUGUUGUUAACAUGGAAAAAUCGAUUAUCAUCUAUCUAUCACUUUAAAUAUUAUCGAGUAAUCGAUUUGAAAAUUGGACGAGUCUUAAGCAUCGAAUCAUUUUAAUAUUUUAAAACGAAGAAAAAUUACUCUGUGAUGUUAUUUAAAUUUCUAAUAAUUUAUUAAUGUUUUUUAUUUGUAUGAAGUGUAUAAUUUUCAGUCGGAACUACGUCGAUGUUACUAUCAACACGUUACUUAAAUUGGUUUAUGUAUAUGCAAAUGUGUUGUCUUUUUAGAUCCGGAUACCCUAAAUAUUGUGUGACCUCAAUAUAAAAUUGGUAAACGUUACCGCUCCCGAACACAGUGUUAACAAUUCAUUAGUUAUUCUGAACGACAGCAAUUACGUUAGCUACAGACGGAAAGCCGAGGGAAAACUAAAGAUUACUUGAAACUAAUUUUAUUAAAAAUAGAUCUUACAAUCUAUCUUAAUGUACGACCUACUCAAUGUAAGCCUGUACAAUACAUGCCGAUGUUAAAAUUAUGGAACGUUACUUCUACAAUUUUAGGUCCCGCUUAACAUUACCGAUCAAUUGGCAUCAUUCUUUGGUUUAAGUUUUUCACACUUUAGAAACAAAAAAUUCAUUCCAGGGUGCAAUUUACCAUACUUAAUUAAGUCAACGUUGUUUCUUAGCACUUGACUUACGGUUAACACUUGAGAAUUAAGUACUUUUUAUAUAAUUAUAUUUCACUUCGCUAUAUUUUAUCAAACUGAAAUAAAUCAAAGUUGUUUUUGAUAUUACUAUGAAAACGUGUUUAAGUAACUUAGUCGAGAAUAUUAUGAUCAUAACAUGGAAAAUUUAUUAUUAUAUAUAAAAGAGUUUUAAUUAACCACUGAAUGCUCGAGUGUUUGAUUUAUUUGUUUUAUAAAAAGCUUUAUUGUACAGCGAAAUUCAUUCAAAUAGAAUAUGAUACAAAACUUAAUGAUUAUUCGUCCUCUGAAAGCAUGUACUUACAUACUUCAAUUGGUUUCAGUGCAUAUUAAAUUAUUACGAUGUUUUCUUUUUAAAUAUAUAACAUUAUCUCUAGUUUGAAGGCAAUUUAGUUUUAUGUACACGUACGUACAAAAGUUAAUUAAAUGUCUGUAACUUAGAGAACAUCGAAAUUUUCAACGUUACGUUGAUUGAAUUUGUACUUUUCGAAUACUGCUAUUUUAUAUGGGAACGUGGAUGUUCUAAAACAGAUCGAAGUUUUGUAUGCAUUUUCUGAAAUACAUAUAACAAAGAUAUUUCAUAUUCGCACGAAAUAUAUAUACACAUUUCAAAUAUAUAAAUAUCUAUGUGCUGUACGUAUGAAAAUUAAAAUGUCCUUAAUUUUUCAAAUGCACAAGGAUUUUUUUUUGCGGCGCUAAAUUUUAUAUUUCUAUGAAAGUUGUUUACGAGCUCUCACUUCCUUAAGGCAGGUGAAUAGAAGGAUAUUUAGGUCGACGGUUUUCUUACUGAAAUAUUAAGAGUUUGCAGGUCGUUAAUGAUACCAUUAUCUGGCUAUUAAUUUCAAUUAGUCUAUUAAAAUUAACGCAUGCGAUAUUCGUCUUAUAACACAUAUUCGUGUAAAAUUUAAAAUAUAUAAAGUUAAUGCAAAUACACAAAAUGGCUAUUAUAAGUAAUGUUUAAUGUUAUAGAUCCUUCUAUGAAUACAAAUUAAAUAUAUUUUUCCUAGCAUUCUUUAGCUGUUAAACAUUAAUUCAUAAUAUAAAACAGUUUACGUACGAGAAUGAACAAUAUUAACUCAUAAUAUUAGAGAUAAAUAAAAACAAUAGCUUUCUAACAAUCGCCGGUAAAGCAAUGUUAAAUAAAACACAAUUUUAAAGUCAAUAAACACGCUGCACUGUACACUUUCCGUUAUAAAACCGUUAUACGCUUUAUUUGAUAUCGAAGUGCUGAAAUGUAAUUUUUUUAUUAAACUUUAUGUUAUAAAAAAAAAUUCUUGCCGUAUAAAUUCCGUUUAACUUUACAGUUAUUUCACGAAUAUAUUGCUUAUUUGUUUUCGUGUAUUGCGCCAGUGUGAAUUCUAAGCGCAUUCAUAUAUAGUUGUAAGUUUACUGGAGGCUAUACCUGAUGUUACUCUACUGACAAUUUGCUAUUAAGAGAAUCUUCAUUUUCAUACAGUUACUAUUAGUGAUGUGAUAUUAAAACUCCGCUAGGGGGUCGUCUACUCAUAGUUAUAGCUUUUGUGAACAAAUUAAAUAAAUUAUAUUACGUCUAUCUCAUUACGUAUUGUAAACAAUAAAUACAAGUUUUGAUCGAUGUAUGUAGAAAUGAUGAUCAGAACAGUUAUUUUCAUAUGAUAUUAUUUUGAAUCUAUAGCAGAAAAUAUUGUUAAAGUACACGCGUAAUUUUUAAGGGAAGAAGUCACAUUUCUUUGUAACAAAUAUAGUCACGAGGUGUUUUAUUAUAAUUUAAGACAAGUGAUUCUAAAAGAUACCGCUUAUCAUAUAGCUAGAUGAUAGUUUGAACGUAUAAUAUCAUAUUUAGUGUUAGAUUUUUGUGUAAUUAAAAUUUAUUGGAAACAGUGAUUAAUGUAUUGGUGCUAUAUAAGUUGUUUGUAAUAUUCAUUGGUAUACACUAGAUAAAUCAGAAUGUAUUGCCCCAGUAGCGCUUUAUAUACACGCAUUGGUUUGUAACGUCGUGACAUAUAUUAUGUAUAUACUUAUGUAAUUCAUCGCUAACUAUAUUUAAUAAAAAAAAACCUAUAUAUAUUUAUAUAGUAACCUACUACAUAUGUACAUUGAUAACAAAACUGAGAUAAAUGGUGAAUGUUUUUAUUCAACCGAGCCUCCUAAAAUUACGAUACUUUAUAUCUAGUUUUUUUUCUCCUUUUCUUAUUUACUUAUAAAAACUAUGUACAUGAUUAUACUCGGUCGGUGAAUAUAUAAGUGAUAUAUUUCAAGAUAGUGAUAGCAGUGGGUGUACUUCGUGUUACUAUAAAUUUAACAGAUUUAGUUUGGAGUGCCGCAACAAGGGCUAUAUAUUAACGAAUUUUUCAAAGUUUUGGUAUUCACGUGUGUUCCGUAUCAACUAUUGUAAUUGAUAUAAUAGGAUAUGUGGUAUCUUUUGGUCUCUGAUAUUUUAAUCUCACGAGAGCGAUAAGUAACUUCUAAGCUUUGUACUAUUAUUAUACCUAAGUGUUUUAGCACACUGUGCUCUUGUGUUCAAUAAAAUUCUAAAAUAUG